GUUUAACGUGAAAGAGCCACACGAGCUUUUGUUUCAUUCUGUAACCAAAUUUAGCAGAAAACGUAGAAAAGGUGUAGAAAAAAAAAUGAAAACUGUAAUUUUGUUGAUUGUUGCCGUGCUGGCUUUCGAUUCCCGUUCAACAGCGUCAGCAAUAGAGCAGCUUAAUGACUGCUCCGUUCCAAGGAACUGCGGAAUCAAUCCAAAUAUUUCUUGGAAUCCUGUGACAUGCCGAUGUGAAGAGAGACCGAAUUGUGAGCCUAGAAACUGCGGAAUCAAUCCAAAUAUUUCUUGGAAUCCUGUGACAUGCCGAUGUGAAGAGAGACAGAAUUGUGAGCCAAGAAACUGCGGAAUCAAUCCAAAUAUUUCUUGGAAUCCUGUGACAUGCCGAUGUGAAGAGAGACAGAAUUGUGAGCCAAGAAACUGCGGAAUCAAUCCAAAUAUUUCUUGGAAUCCUGUGACAUGCCGAUGUGAAGAGAGGCAACAUUGUGUGCCAAGAAACUGCGGAAUCAAUCCGAAUAUUUCUUGGAAUCCCGUGACAUGCCGAUGUGAAGAGAGGCAGAAAUGUGAGCCAAGGAAUUGUGGAAUCAAUCCAAAUAUUUCUUGGAAUCCCGUGACAUGUCGAUGUGAAGAGAGGCAGAAAUGUGUGCCAAGAAACUGCGGAAUCAAUCCAAAUAUUUCUUGGAAUCCCGUGACAUGUCGAUGUGAAGAGAGGCAGAAAUGUGUGCCAAGAAACUGCGGAAUCAAUCCAAAUAUUUCUUGGAAUCCUGUGACAUGCCGAUGUGAAGAGAGACAGAAUUGUGAGCCAAGAAACUGCGGAAUCAAUCCAAAUAUUUCUUGGAAUCCUGUGACAUGCCGAUGUGAAGAGAGGCAGAAAUGUGAGCCAAGGAAUUGUGGAAUCAAUCCAAAUAUUUCUUGGAAUCCUGUGACAUGCCGAUGUGAAGAGAGGCAAAAAUGUGAGCCAAGGAAUUGUGGAAUCAAUCCAAAUAUUUCUUGGAAUCCUGUGACAUGCCGAUGUGAAGAGCGGCAGAAAAGUGAGCCAAAGAACUGAUCACCCUCGAAAUGAGAAUUUUGUAAUUGGAAAUUGAAAAGAAAUUAUCAAUAAAUUUGGACUUUUACC